CAAACCCCCAAUACUCUCUCUCUCACAUUUCAUCACUGUGUGUAGAUAACCCUUUUCCUCUCUCUCCCUCUCUCGUCUCAUUUUGAGGAGAAAUGAAGUAUGUGUUGGUCACCGGAGGAGUCGUCAGCGGCCUCGGCAAAGGCGUCACCGCUAGCAGCAUCGGCCUCAUCCUCAAAGCCUGCGGCCUCCGCGUCACUUCCAUAAAAAUCGAUCCUUAUCUCAACAGCGAUGCUGGGACUAUGUCUCCUUUUGAGCACGGUGAAGUGUAUGUGUUAGACGAUGGUGGAGAGGUGGACUUGGACCUUGGAAAUUAUGAGCGGUUUCUGGAUUUGAAACUGACUAAAGACAAUAAUAUAACUACUGGAAAAAUUUACCAGGCUGUUAUUGACAAGGAGAGAAGGGGGGACUAUCUUGGGAAAACGGUUCAGGUCGUGCCUCACAUUACCGACGCCAUUCAAGAGUGGAUUGAGCGAGCUGCUGCUAUUCCAGUGGACGGCAAAGACGGCCCGGCUGAUGUUUGUGUUAUUGAAUUGGGUGGAACCAUUGGGGAUAUUGAAUCAAUGCCGUUCAUCGAGGCUCUUGGGCAGUUUUCGCAUCGUGUGGGUCAUGGAAAUUUUUGCUUGAUACAUGUCAGCUUGGUGCCGGUUCUAAGUGUCGUCGGUGAGCAGAAAACAAAGCCAACUCAACACAGUGUUAGAGGAUUACGAAGCUUGGGUCUAUCUCCAGAUAUUCUAGCAUGUCGCAGCACAACGGAACUCGAUGAAACCAUCAAGGAGAAGCUCUCUCGUUUUUGCCAUGUUCAGAGAGAGAACAUCAUCACCCUCUAUGAUGUUUCCAACAUCUGGCACGUACCUUUGCUUUUGAGAGAUCAGAAGGCUCAUGAGGCAAUUUUGAAAGUCUUGAACCUCAACUGUGAGAAUAGAGUACCAGCUCUUGUGGAUUGGACAGCCAGGGCAGAUCUCUCUGAUAGGUUGACCGAUACUGUCAGAAUUGCUAUGGUUGGAAAGUACACUGGACUUUCAGAUUCUUAUCUUUCUGUGCUGAAGGCUCUUUUGCACGCUUCAGUCGCAUGCCAUAGGAAACUAUGCGUCGAUUGGGUCCCAGCUUGUGAUCUUGAAGAUGCAACUCUACAAGAGAACCCGGAUUCUUACAAAAAAGCAUGGAAAUUGUUGAAGGGGGCGGAUGCCAUUCUAGUUCCCGGAGGCUUUGGAGAUAGAGGAGUUGAGGGAAAAAUCCUGGCUGCCAAGUAUGCCCGGGAAAACCUAGUCCCUUAUCUCGGGAUAUGCCUUGGAAUGCAAACUGCUGUCAUUGAGUUUGCACGAUCCGUCCUUGGCCUGAAGAAUGCAAACAGCACUGAAUUUGACCCGAACACCAAGAAUCCUUGUGUUAUUUUCAUGCCAGAGGGCUCAAAGACGCACAUGGGAGGCACUAUGCGUCUCGGAUCAAGGAGGACAUAUUUCCAGUGCACAUCCAGUAAAUCCACGAAACUAUACGGGAACGUGAGUUUUGUUGAUGAGAGACAUCGCCACAGAUAUGAGGUAAAUCCCGAUAUGGUGCAGCAACUGGAAGAUGCCGGCCUCUCGUUUACUGGAAAAGACGAAAGUGGUUGUCGGAUGGAGAUUGUUGAGCUACAUAGCCAUCCGUACUUCAUAGCCGUUCAAUUUCACCCAGAGUUCAAGUCGAGACCAGGAAAGCCCUCCCCCCUGUUUUCAGGGCUCGUGGCAGCAGCAUGCGGUCAGCUGGACAUUCUUUUGAAGAAAGGUUCAUUGAGAACAUGCAGGCUGACCAGCAAUGGUUCGUCACCAAUAAAGCCACAUUUCUAUGAGAAUGCAACAACGCUAACAAACGGGGCUUUAGUAGAUGGAAUUUACUGCAACGGGAAUGGUUUGCACGCAUAGAAAAGUUCGGGACACCACAGUUAGAGUUGCGAUCAUCGUUUUGUUCCAGCGUUUCUAUGUGUAGAGAUACUAGCUAGUAUUCGUCGUAGGAUUCACAGUUUUUUUUACCAUGGUGUGCACAGUCAGAUUCCGGUCUUUUAAACGGAAUGCCAUGGAGUACUACAACGGAUUGUUGCUCUUGUCGUUCUGCAGUUUUUUUUAUUUGCCUUAUGAUUAAUAUUAGAUGAAUUUUGUUGCUAUUUUGAGAUAAUAGUGUAAUUGUGACUUCUUUACACUAGUUUUGUGGAUUUGUGCAUAUAACAGAUUCGCAGCUUGUCAUGGUUAAUUAAGAUUGGUCCAAAAGGGGCGUGUAAUUUGUUGACAUUGCCUAAGCUUAUCAGAUGAUUUUUAUCUUUGUUUGUUUUCAUGUUUUAAA